ACGAACAUUGAGCGGUUGUUUAUUAAUUCGUUAUGUAUCAGCAUAACGUAUUGUUGUCAGCAACUUGCAGCUAGUAUUUCUACUAGCAAAAAACAUCACUUGAAUCUGACACGAUUCCUUACGUUUAGUAAUCAGGAACUCAUCGCUUUAUUAACACCAUUUUCACUGGCUAAGAUGGGAACCAUUAUACUUCGCAUCUGCCUCGUGUUAGGUGCAUUCUUUCCAUCCACCGAAAGCUCUGCAUUACCACAUCCGCAGUGCUUCUUCCCGGAGCAUCAGCCCUUCGAUCUCGCAUGUACGCAGGCCGAUCUGCAUUUCCCGGGGAAUUUCAACGCUUGUGCGUUACCCACCGUGUACGGCGCACUCUUCACCCUGGUUCUGGAUUGUCCGACUAGCAACUUCAACACGUACUGCAACACCUUAGGGAAGUACUUUCAAGCACUGCCUCGUAACGACGGCAUAUGGCGAGUAACGCUGAAAGGGUUUCGGUCAGAAACAGAAGCGCGGGCCCCGAUUGAUCGACUCCUUUCUAACCUCCACAGUGUCCUGAUUCUUAUUAUACAGUAUUCAAAGAUUGGCAGAUUGGAUGCGGCUUUCCUUAGUGGUUUCCCGAGUUUGCUUACGCUGGAUAUAGAGAAGAACGAUAUUAAGGACAUCGCGAUCGAUACGUUCCGCUCAGUUCCUAUCUUAUCUUAUCUUAUCCUAUCUUUUCUCCAGCUGAGCGAGAACUCCUUAACCUAUUUUGAUUGGACUACUCUGGAGCCAGUUGCUAACCACUUGUUAUUUCUGGAGCUCCGCCAGCAGACCCCGCCCCUUCGCCACCUGUACCGCAGUGGGCCUCGGUUCAACGUGCACUUAUCGACACUGUCCUUAGACGGUAAUCUUUUGCCAUCCAUCUCCAAGGAUGUUCUAGAUACCCUUAUUGUCAAAGAAGACCGAGUGAAUGUGAAGUUUAAUUUCCGUCAUAAUCCGAUCUGUCCAGAGGAUGAUGACUGUGGAUGUUGGGCUAUGGAAAAUUUCCAUCAGUGGUUCAACAGUACUGUGCAUUCGCCCGGUUUGCUGACGGACAAGUAUUUGGAAGUUAAAGUGACCUGUGGACCAGCAUGGAGCAUCCCGGGCAACCCAGAAAAAGUGUACCGAGCAGAUAGUCAAUCACUAUGUAUUGCGUGGUAAACGUUUUGUCGUAAUCCUACUAACAUUUUGUUCAUCUAGCCGGUACAAAUAUAAGGUUGCUGCUCAGUCCAGAUUUCUAAUUCAGGCCUCAAAAGCAGACAACCCGUUUUGUCUGAGUGGCCAGAAUUGCGUUGCUCAGAUAGACCGAUUGCUGUGUUGUGUGUUCUAUGGUUGUAGUAAAUUCCGUGAAGCAACUUAGCAGAAGCAUAUAAUUAUGC